GGCCAGGACGAAUUACUGCCGCAAAAUGAUGUAUUGGAAUUCUUGGCGAAAAUCGGCUGCGACAUAUUCCACUUUGAGGAGGUCUGUGUCAAUAUAAUAUUUUCGUUGGUAGGAUUCGACGAAGAACAAUUCGAUUACGCUCUGUUACCUACGUUUCUGAGUCACUUUCCGGCUGGCAGCUCAACCAAAACGCUGGUGCACUACUUGCAUGAAGUCCAAUCAGGUAAAUUUCGCCAAUACGAUUACGGGCCCGAGAAGAAUCAACUGAUCUACAAUGCAACAGAACCGCCGGAAUACAAUUUAGCGAACAUCACCGUGCCGGUUGCGUUAUUCUACGCCGACAACGAUUGGUUGGUCAGUAGUCUGGACGUGAAGAAACUUCAUAGCAUGUUACCCAAUGUUUUGGACUUGUACAAGGUACCGUUUUCUAAGUUCAAUCAUUUUGAUUUCAUUUGGGCAAAGGACGCGCCUGAGCUUGUGUACAAGAGACUGCUCAAGAUCAUCAAGAUUGGAAAGUCAGAUAAUAAAAAUAAGAAUGAAUGGGAUAUUAAAUCUUUGCGACCAUGGCCAUAAAUUGAAAGCAAUUUUUAGCUUGUAGUAUCUUGAAAUAGUUGUGCGUAGGUGAAUUAAAAUGUGUUAUUUUGGCGCUUCUAUCAUUUGAAUUUCAAUCAUAAGAGGAUUAUAAUAUAAGCAAAAAUGUACAAAAAAUUAUAAUUUUAUUA